AUGGGUAUUGAAGAGAUAACUGCAGAUGAACUAGAAAAGGCUAUUAAAUCGUUCGUUUCAAUCGAAACGGCUAGCCAAAUAAGCAGGAGGAAUGUGCGGACACAAUUGGAACAAAUUUUUAAUUUGGAAGAAAAUGCAUUAUAUGAAAGAAAAAAAGAAAUUAAUGAGAUCCUUAACAAAAUAUUGAAAGAACUUCUUGAAGAAGACGAAAAACAACAUAGUGAGGAAAAUACGGAUUCUGCAAAUAAUACAAAGACCAAUGAUGAUCAAGAAAAGGAGGAUAAAACAAAUAAGAUAGUGAAAAAGGAAAAUAAUAAUGAUAAUGUGUCAUCAGGUUCCGAAUCAAAUACUAAGAAUAAAAAUUCUUCAAAAAAAAGAAAACAAAAUCCAGUUGAAAACAUAUCCGCUAAAAAAAGACAAGCGAAUGUAAUGACAAAAGACUAUUUUAUGGAAAAUGCAAAACCAUUAUAUUGCAACUUAACAGAAGAUAUUCAAUUAAAAUUAGAACCACGAAUGUUCAAUACUGGAAGCUGUGGAUGGCAUAUAAUGGACAAAAUUUAUCUUUCAGUUGGAGAGCACGAUGUUCUUUGCCAGCUUUGCAUCAAUUGCUCUGUUAUUGGAAGCAAACAAUGGAACUAA